AUGGGACUGUUAUCACCCAGGGCCAGUAGGAAGAGGUACUGCAUAAGAGAUAUUGCUGGGGAAAAGCCACUUUGGGACAGCAUAAGGGACGGCCCUCGUCUAGUGGCAAGGAGAGGUGAGUGGCAGGCCACUUGGGUCAGGGGCCCGCAAGAGCAGGGGAUCUGGGUUAAAAGCCAAGCGGCUGGGCCUCUCAUGGUCCGACCUGAUGCAGAGGGCAGUGGAUCUUGCGGAGGAAGUUUAGCCAUUUACACAUUGGGAAUGGAAAGACGACUGAAAAGAGGAUGCUAUAGGUCGUGCUGGUUAAACGAGGAUACUUUCGACGUGCACGCCAGUGGAUAUGGCGAGGUGGUUUCCACGCAGCCAGGCUUCAGGGGCCUGUUCCCAGCAUACGCGGGGGUUGUAGGGGGUGGGCAGGAUGCCUGUCAUGGAAAGUCGAGCUUACCGGGUCCGAUCGCCGCGUUGAUUGGGGAGCGAGACAGGGUCGCGAUCCACAGACGUUCGGAGCUUGGUGCCUUUGGAGAAGGCAGCUUCAGCGCGCCAACUCGCCGCGGGCGAGAGAUUGGCACUGGCCCCAAGGCACAGCAUAUCAAAAGGCCAGCACGGCUGGACGAGGCGAGCACAAGAUGGAGCACAGUACUCGAGUACUCCAAGAGCUACAGAGGCAAAGGGAAAGGCAAGUCGCUAAAGAACUAA